AACCCUAGAAGAAGAAGAAGAAGAAGAAGAAGAAGCAAAAGCUGUGGAGAUCGAGAUGGGAAAUGAGAGCAAGAGCAAUUUGGGAGGAGGAGGAGGAUUUAGGGCAAAGAUGGAGCACUAUGUCUACAGUGGGGAGAAGAAGCACGUUUUGGCUGGGAUCGGGAUUAUCUCCAUCAUCUUCGGAAUCCCUUGGUAUCUAAUGAAUCAAGGAUCAAAGCAUCGUUCUCACCAAGAUUACUUGGAAAAAGCCGAUCAAGCUCGAAAAGCUCGUCUCUCAUCAUCUUCAUCCUCGGAUAAGUAGUCAUCUCCCCCACUUGGAAUCCUUUUAGGAGACUCUAGUCAACUACAUUUUGUGAAUGAUCCAUACAUCGUUUUUCCAUGUCUAUAAACUCAGUAAUGUCUGUGCUAGUGUUGUUCCCUUCAGAUAUGUAUUUUUACACUCUACUCUGAGGUUUCUAUAUCAAAGAAAUGAAAUAUUUAUCA